AUGAAUUCAAAAAAAAUAGAUGAGAAGGAUGCUUUGGAUAGUGAAAAAAUAGCAAGUGAUGAAAUUGAUGGCCAAUUACCAGGUUCAAGUCAUUUAGGAGAUUGUUCAUUUGAUGAUGAAGAUUAUUAUUAUUUACUUCAUGUUUUAGAAUCAGAAGCGUUUGGUGCUGUGGUUCGAGCCAUGCGCGCGCAAGGGAUGUUAACUGAAUACAAAUUGAAACUUCUUGAGCAUCUUAAAGGGGCUUUGUUCAUAUCUGAUGAAGAAUAUGAUGCAGAAUUUCGUCUGGCCGCUAACAGUGAUUUGCUUCAUCAGAUCGCUUCAAAACUCAAUCCUUGUUACGAUACCUAUACUGAAUGGGGUAUAGCAGCUGCUGAUCCUGAUCAGAGGAUUUUUUCAGAGGCUAAAAGAAAUAGUGCAGAAAUUAGUUUUAAAUUUGCCGAUGAACUUCUUAAUCUUGCUAUUGCCCACAAUGGAAGUCUGAAAGAAUCGGAUCCAUCUUUAGCUGAUAUAGUUGAUCUUCCUAAAGCUCCUUAUGUGCCUGAAAAAUUACGUGAAUUUUUGCGUUAUACAGAAAUUGAAUCUCAACGCUGUACAUAUGACGAAAUUCUUCAGCUUCAAAAAGCUAAAAGUAAAACUAUUUCGAAGACGGAAAAUAAGGCUGUUAAACGUAAUCGUAAUAUGCAGAAUACUAAAGAUGUGCAGAAAGCGAUAGCUGAUGAACCGGUGUUUUCCAAACAGUCAUGCGGCUCUAAUUGGAUAAAAAAUGUAGAAGAAAGCGAUGAAUCUCAUUUUAAUCUGCAUCAUGCAAAGGUAACGAAAUUGAAUGCAACAAAGGGUGAAGAAAAAAUUGUUCGAUCAUCUCGUAAGAGGCCAAAAUCAAAUUCGCCGAAUAUCAUUUCGACUUAUAACAAUGAUUUUUGUGAAAAAGAAGCCGUCAAGUUGCAUGGAGAAGAACGGCUAAAAAGAAGCAACUCGAAAGAAUCAGUAAAAAAAUCGCGAGAUGAUACUUUUGUUUGUGCGCGUGCUUUGCCUUUCAUUUUCGAAACAGCUAUUCCUGGGCAGAAAUCUAAACCACCUCGAGGCAACCCAGAUAAGCGUUCCAUGAGACGUGCAUCGCCGCCACUUAAUGCUUCGUCGCAAGUUCCUCCAACCACUUCAGCAAAUAUUACGAAUGCAGCUCGAACUGUUGAUGUUUCCAUAUCAAAACCGGUAGUACAAGCAAUAUCUAUGCGUGGUGUUCCGCUUUCUCCAAGUAUUCCUAUAUUUGUGCAAAAUUCUUAUUCGCAUCAAUCUGGAAAUGAUGUUAACAAGUUUGAUUUCCUGAAAAUCCUGAAUCCUGAAAAUAUUUCAGUGUUAAAAAGAUCUCGUAUUUCAUCAUUUAGCAGCAAUGAUCAAAGAUCAACAGAUCAUUACUAUCAAUCUGUGCCUAAUGUUAUAGGCUCAAGAGAAAGGUCCUCGCUAUCUAAAUAUUCUACUUCAUCAUCACAUUCCUCUCCUGCAGUUCCAUCGAAGUUGUACUAUGGGAAUAUUCCACAUGCAAAUUGUGCGUCAACAGCAACACCUAACCAUCGUCAUACUUCGUUUGGUGGCCUUGAUUAUGUUGUAAAUACUUCGCAAAAUGUUCGAACUAAUGAACCACGUUACAUACCAAGCUAUGAAUAUAGGCCUUCAUCUAGUUCGAUUUCAUGCAAAAGCAUCAGAAGAACUACGACUGCUGGUAGGAGUUUUCGAAGCUCGUUACAAACUUCAACAUCAACGUGUGCAGGUGAAAGCUACCAUGAAAGUACGCAUGCAAUGGCUUACGCUGAUGUUAUUAGACCUCAUCGAGAUCGCUCUAAUAUAAAUCAUGAAAGGAAUAUCAUUGAACAUGGAAAUAUUUCUGACGAUCAUCAUAAAGCCUUAUUUCGUCCGGAUGAGAUUUGUACACGCUUAACUCUACCGGGUGAUCAGAUUUUUGUUGAUGUUGGAAAUGUUUCCAAUAGUGUGAAAAAUGAAAACAUUGCAUCUGUGAAUAGACCAAUUUUGGCCGAAGAGAUGCGAUUGGAAUGCGAUGAAGUAAUGGUGCCAGAGCAGCGGUAUGCCCUUGAUUCACGCGAAUCAAGUAUGAUUUCUGAAAUUUAA